AUUGGAUCGCGCACAUCUAUCUUACUGUUGAUUGACCAAUCAGAUGCUGUAAUUUCUUUUACAUUCUCACCGAUAGUCGUUUGAGUACUAGCGUUGGUUUGCAGAGUAGAAGAUAAUUCAGCUGUCAUACGCCGUGCAGUAAAGAAUCCAAGAUGCCGAAGAAGGACGGGAAGCCAAAGGGUCGCAUGUCCUCAUAUGCAUUCUUUGUACAGUGCUGUCGUGAAGAACACAAGAAGAAACACCCAGGAGAGAAUGUGGUGUUUGCAGAGUUCACCAAGAAAUGUGCUUCAAAAUGGAAGGAAAUGACUCCCAAGGAGAAGAAGCGUUUUGAGGAUAUGGCUGACAAGGACAAGUCUCGCUACGAGAAGGAAAUGGCAAACUAUGUGCCAACUUCUGGAGCCGCCCCGGUCGGGAGGGGCAAGAAGAGGACGAAGGACCCAAAUGCUCCCAAGAGGGCCCUGUCAGCUUUCUUCCUCUUCUGUGCUGAGGAAAGGCCGAAGGUGAGGGCGGUUAGCCCUGAGCUGUCUGUCGGUGAUGUUGCGAAGGAGCUUGGGAAACGCUGGGAGGGUGUUACUGACAGGAGCAAGUUCGACAAACUCGCUCUUGUGGAAAAGGCCAGAUAUGAGAAGGAAAUGGCAAUUUACCGUGGUGGUGGAGCCAGUCCAGCAAAGAAGAGCAAACCUGCUCCUAAGAAAGUUGAAAGUGAGGAAGAGGAGGAGGAAGAGGAAGAAGAUGAGGAUGAUGAAGAUGAUGAUGAGUAGACUGGUCCACACACAUCGCUCCAGAUUUUUUAGACUGGUCACCGGAUCUGAUUUCUCUUAUCCCUUUUGUCAAUUCGGACUUUUAAAGAUAAAGUUGACCACUAAUACAAGUAUGGUGGCUUUGUUAUGAAAAUGCAUUAUUGUUGUUUUAAUCCGGUAUGAUAAGGAAUUGAAUGAGGAUAGUUGUAAUGGCCGUUAGUAAAUUUGUGAAGGUUUUAAGUACUCAAACUGACCACUGGUGGCCAUUCUUUAACUCUUGAACAAAUGUCCCAACAUUUAGUUGUUAUUCAUUUCAUGUACAAAUGCAAUUGUCAUAACGUAAGCCUAACCUCUAAGGUGUAUCAUUGUUACGUGUCUCCAGUUCUACAAUAAUGUAUUAAUGAUUUUGUUCAAUGUUGAACUGAUUUUAGCUGUCGAGAGGUAUGUGUUCAAAUUACUGUUUAAUCGUUUGAAAGAUCUGUUACUGCAGUUAUACUUGUUUAUAUGAAUACAAAGCUGUAACGAAAUAAUGCUUUAAAUAAUAAUGUAGAUGUUUUCAACACACUAGUUUUCUGGCGUAAGAUUAUACUGUAGCCAGUGUAGAAUAAAGGAAACGCUUUGUCUUGAAAUCUCAAGCUAGUGGCAAGUUUGACAUUUCUCAUAUUUUCAUCAAACUUGUGGCAUGUUCGACAUAUCUCAUAUUUCAUCUGUAAAUAUCCAUCGUCUUAGUUUUGUCUAUUUUAACCAUUAAACUGAGUACAAUUAUUCCCAAAAUUGGUUAAUUGGUUUAUGUAACUGUUUAAAGUGAUUGCCACAAAUGAAAUGUACAAUAAAUGAGAAUAUGACUGUACAUCUGAUGAUACAGUUAAAUAAUUAGAAAUGAUUAUCUUCAUGCUGCAAGAUUGCUGAUCUAUUUAUGUAUUUAUUUAUUGAAAUAUUUCGCAAACUCAGUUUAUUGUUUAAGAUGUUAGAAAGUAUAAGUGCUCAAUUGUAUGACUGUAAAUACAUAAAAAAUAUGUGUAAUAAUGUCUUGUAAAAAAAUAAAUGUCUGUGAAAUAAACCUAUUUUACAGUUAAAA